UCAAUGUCUAAAAAAAAUAAUUCUUAAAUUUUUUAUUUUAUUUUUUAAACGGGUCGAAACAUUUUCGAAAUAUGUUGAAAUGUUUCUGUUUUCUAAUUGACCAAAACAAUGGACCAAAACGAAAUUUUAAUCCUUGGUUUGCAGUAAUUUCCCCCAUCAAAUUGUCUGUAAAGUAUAUCUAUCAGGAAUUUUGUUUUAUUUUCUCGGUUAAUUAUUUCAUGUUUUCUGCUUUGUUUCCUGACAUAACUAAUUUUUCCUCAGAUUUACUAUGGGAGAAGAAAUGAGUAUGAUUUCGAGCUCCUCAACAAAUGUCUGUGGGCAAGCCUCAGAUUCCAACAAUUGUAACCACCCAUUCCACAACAAGUGUUCAAGGCAUGAUAGCAAUAUCGCUGCUUCAAAAUUUGAAGGAGUUGUGAGUCAACUGAAUGGGCACUGGGGUGCACAGAUGUAUGCUAUCCACCAGCAGAUUUGGCUUGGGAUGUUUGAGUCUGAGAAAGAAGCUGCAAUGGCAUAUGAUAGUGCAGCCACCAAACUUCAGAAUGGGGACUCGCACAAAAACUUUCCCUGUACAAACAUCACUGCCCAAGAGCCAAAGUUCCAAAAUGAGUUCAGUACAGAACCUGUCCUAAACACGACAAAAGAUGGUUCCUACGCAUCCAGACUUCUUUUCCAGAAGGAGCUUUCACCUAGUGAUGUGGGCAAACUUAAUCGACUUGUCAUUCCAAAGAGAUAUGCCUUGAAGUACUUCCCUAACAUAUCUGAUGGUGCUGAAAAGAAUGAGGCUGGUGGAGGGGUUGAUGAUAUGCAGCUAGUUUUUUAUGAUAGGUCAAUGAGGUCAUGGAAAUUUCACUACUGCUACUGGAAGAGUAGCCAAAGUCUUGUCUUCACCAAGGGGUGGAAGAGGUUUGUGAAGGCAAACGAAUUGAAGGCGAAGGACACGGUUAUAUUCUGUGUGUGUGAGUGCAAGGAUGGAUCAAAUGAGGCCCAGUCAUUCUUUAUGAUUGAUGUAUGUUCGUAUGUUGGUGUGGAAAGCAACAGUGGUGUGGUUAAGGACAUUAACAAUGAUUCUGAAGCAUUGCAUCUUGGUUUACAAAAAGAUAUUGUUUAUGUUGACGAUGAGGUUGAUUUUCAAGGAGAUGAAUUGCAGCAACUCGAUCAUGGACAAAAUAGCAAUGACAAUGAGGAUGAGAAGGAAUCUGAGGGAGAGAAAAAAUUGGUGGGAGCUGAAAUAACCAAAGCAGAGAAGAAAGGUCUAUGGCUUUUUGGAGUGCAAAUAACUUGAAAAGCAUCCCUACUUUAUUUCCGUUUAGAGGCUCAAUCUCAUUGCUGAUUAAAGGUUUGCCUAAGCAUACAUACAUGGUAAAGUAGCCAUUUUCAGGUAACAUAGAGUUAACCUAGGUGAUAUUGGUUGCAUCUUUUUUUGUCAUUUUUCCAUACAGUGCCAAUAAUCAUCACUAUCAGUGAUGACUUCUUUUAAUUUAUUUAUAGUACUAAGGAAAGUGUUUGUGACCUUUGUUUUGGAAAGGUUAUUUAGGUUUUGGUUCUCAGAAUGAGACAUGCCGUAUUGCUUUGACAGAUUCUUUUAAGUUCAACUUCAUACCUGCAGAGGGCAUCAAUCUUGCUCUGAAGUACUUUUGAAGUUCUAUUUAGUAUUGUUUGUUUGUAUGAACACCAACUUAGGUCUCACUGUGUCGAAGGUACUACUUGUGCUAUGAAAGUAGAGGUGGAAUGAUAAGAACAGUGCUUAGGUUUUAUGUGAUGCACAAGAUGAACUAUGACAUCUGAAUGGAUGGCGAGGUUUGAUUCACCUGUUGAAAUUUCUUGUUUUUUUUUCCAAAUUCCGGCAAAGUGUCACAUACCGCUUUCUGCUCGCCUCGGAUUAGCUGGUGACUGAUUGUUAGUUUUGGAUCAUUGAUGUUCAAAAUCUGAUCUGAUGAUGAAACAGUCGAGUAAGAAGUUAUGUUUCUACUCGGUUAGGUUGCGGGGAUGGGCCAUGCAGUGCCAACUUGG